CAUAGCACGAUUGCAGAGUGUAACAGUGGGGAAUUUAAAAAUGGCGCGGCUUUCUGCCGGCGAUUAAGUUGAAUCCGUUCGACAGUUACAAAUUAGCGGAAGAGGGCUGUAAAAUUAGAUGGACGCGGAGGACGUCCCGCUGGAGCUGAUCGACCUGACGGAGGCGCUCACUUGCGCAAUUUGCAAAGAGCUGUUCGAUGGGCCGGUAUCAGCCCCGUGCGGUCACACCUUCUGCUCGAUGUGCAUUCGGCAAUCGCUAGACUUUGCUCACACGAACAAGCAGAAGGGUACCUGCCCGUCCUGCCGGGCGGACUGCAACGCGGACCAGCUCAGGCGCGUGGACGCGGUACGUUUGGCCAUCUCGGCUCUGCCGCGCGCAGCGGCCGCCGUGCACGACCUAAGGCGGCGCCUGGAGGACUCGGAGCGGCGGCAGCAGGGGGCGGAGCACGAGCUCUCAGUGGCCCGGGGCCGGUCAGGCCCGGGUAAUGCAGUGGCAUCAGGGGCCGCAGCGAAGGCUGUGGUUGGCGCCGGCGGCGCUGCGCAUCAGCCUGACGGCGGAUGCUCGCACGAGCUGGCUGAGGCGCCGACUCGCGCGGUGGCGGGCUCCAUCAGUGGGCGGCCGCGCAGGGGCGCUGCUCAGCAGCAGGCAAGCCAGCCGCCGGCCCGUUCCACACGGCAGUUGGCGCGGCAGGCGCAGGGCGGCCGUAGCAGCAAGCGCCGGGCGGUUGGCGACGCCGGGACAAGGCGGGCGGCUGGUGGCGAAGAAUCGGAGGACGAGGAGGAUGACAAGUCCGACUUCGAGGAGGUCAGCGACAGUGAGCCGAGUGGAGAAGGCUCCGGGCCGGAGGCGGAGAGCGAGGCGGAGGGAGCCGUGCCGAGCGAUGGGGACGAGGACUACAGCCCCAACGGCCGCAGCAAGGGGCGGCGGCCCUCCACAGCAGCAGUGGGCCCGGCCCCGGGGGCGCGCAAGCGCGGCCGCCCCCCAAAGACCGUCACCACCAACCCUGCGGCGGCAAAGCAGGCGUACCACGGGGCAGGGGGUGCAAGGGCGUCCGGGUCCGCGCCGCCGCAGGUGCCAGUCCCGGCACCAGCAUCCGCGCCGGCGCCGCAGAACGGCAUAGGCGACUGCCCACUGUGCGGCCGCACGUACGGCAUGUCGCAGCUGCAGGCGCACGUGGACAUGUGCCUCACGCGCCAGACCGCGCGGCCAGGCGGCGCUGCGGGGCCGGCCGCUGCCGCCGCGUCGCUUGCGCGCGGCCCGUCGGCGGCCCCGGCAUGGGCUGCGACUGCGAGCGGCGCCAAGCCGGCCAUGACUGGGCGUUUGUCGCGGAGCUUUGGGUCGGGCGCCGGUGCCGGUGCUGGUGCUGGUGUGGGUGCUGAUACUGGUGCAGGGCAAGGCAGUCUGCGCGGACGCCCAAGCGUGGGUGGUGCAGCAGCCAGUGGCGGCGCCUGUGCUGGCGCUGGCGCCGGCGUGCCCGCAGUGCCGUCACGGCCGCCGACGGAGGUUAAAGUGCCGCCGGCACACGCGUGGCAUAGCAUGACGGACAAGGCCGCUCGCAAGAUCAUGGCGGGCAUUGGGCUGCCCACCAUCGGCGACAAGAACGACUGGUCGAGCCGGUACAACCGGUACCGCACCUUCCUGAGGACGGAGCGCGACCGCUGCACCACCCUGACAAUGGACCAGCUGCUGCGGGCGUUUCUGCAGAAGGAGCAGCAGGAGGAUGCAGGCCGCAGGCAACCCGCUGCUGCGCCCACAUGGAUGCUCAACCAGAUCCGGGAGGCCGCGGAGCGCAUGAAGGCGGUGCAGCGCUUGCAGCAGGCGGCGGCGGCGCAGCGGGUCCGAAGCGCCCCCGCUGAAGGUGCCGAUGAUGAUGGCGCUGCUGGAGGCGGCGGCGGUGAUGGCGGCGAGGACGUAUCGCCGGCAGAGGCAGAGGCGACGGCGGCCGCGGCUUCGGCCCCUCCAGUCACGGCAAAUGCUGCGCCGCCAACAGCUGCAGCUGCAGCAGCUGUGGGGUCGGGCCCCGCGGAGCGUGAUGUUAUCAUGAUCGGCUCGGACUCGGAGGAGGACUCGGACCAGAGGCAGCAGGUGGGGAUUGGCGCAACCGCCGAGCAGGCGACAGCGACAGCAGCAGCUGUGGACGCGGGGACAGGAUCAAGGCUGGGCCUCAGUGGGUUAGGGCCGGGAAACGGAGGGCCGGAGCCGGGCGCACCUGAGCCGCGCCGCCUGGCUCCGGCUGGAGAGGACGAUGUGCCAGGCCGUGACGCUGCGGCUUCGAGCAUGGGGACAGCGGCGGAGGGGGCGGCUGCCAGCCAGUGUGGGGCGGAGGUAGAUGGCGGUGACUGGCCGACUGAGCCAAACGUGAAGCGGCUGCAGCACUCGCACAGGGGUGGGGAGCAGGCGGCUGAGUUGGACCAGGAGCAGGACGAGACGCCGCCGCCGCGCUGUAGCCAGUGGAUGCGCGCGGGUUCGCCGCCGCCUGGCGCCGACGAGCACCCAUCGGCAGGCCAUCCUCCUGUCGGGGGCGCAAGCUGGGGCUUGCCCUGGGCAUUGGACUAUGGUGGCCGCGGUGCCGGCGCGACUGUGCUCGGCCCAGGAGGCCCGGUGGGCUUUGGACAGGAGGCACCUGGCACGACUGGGGGCGGCAGCAGCUGUGCCGGAGGAGCUGGAGGUGGCUGGCUUGCUGAUAUCAGCAAUGGGGUGGGGAGCCAGCGACAGGCAUGGCCAUCGCUGCAGGCUGCAGGUGAAGGUGUUACGCGGGCGGCUGGCAAGGCGGGCACGAUGGCGUGGAGCGGCCAGCGCACUGACACGGCAGGCUUCGUUGCGUCCGAGCAACACCAGGAGCAGCAGCAGGUUUAACAGCCGCAGUGUCGUAUGUCCGGUGGCACAGCUAGCACUGCCGUGGGAGGGUGCUGCAGUGGUGGGCUUGUCAGUAAGCAGGCGCUAUACAGAUCAGUAGCUGGAGUGCAGGGGUGCUGAAGUGCAUGUGCGUGUACAUACCGUAAACUGUGGUGGGUUGAGUUGCGCAGCUACCGUAUUGGCUUGCGUUGCGCUGGGUACGUCGUGAAGCUAGCGGCGGGGUCAUCCGGGGAGGUCAUGGCUUGCGUAGUGGCGGGCGGUGUACUGCCAGGAAGGAAU